AUGCACCAUAUCCAUCCUCUGCCCAACCCUCUUUUCCGCCGUGAUUGCGUAUCGUGCCCAUCAAGACCGCCCGCUUGCAACUGUAACUCGAAUCAAAACUGCAUCCUUACGUCCCAAUCGUGCGACUCCUGCGCAGUUGCCUCUUGCGUCGACCGCGCAAAGCCAAGCUCAGGAGGCGCAUCUCAGGGUGCACUCAUCGGCUCCAUUGUUGGUGCUCUCGUUUUCCUCUUUCUUGUUCUAGGUGCCUUUUUUUGGUGGAAGCGUAGGGCGGGAAGACGAAGUACUGCGGAGCCAGCGGCUACGAAAGAGAAAAAUGCAAUGAGUUCUGAUCCAAAUACUAGACCUGCAUCUGCAGCAGCAAGUACGCGUGUAUCCCGAAUGCCCUCCACGCGCGGUUUGGACGUCGAAAAUAACAGGGGUGCUGAUCCAUUCUCUGAUACAACAUCUUCCCAUUCGGGGUCGCGUCCCUCCUCUCGCCAAGCUAUCCCCAUCGGUAUGGAGAGUACUAGUCCCACUGGGACGACAUUUACGGUUCCUGUGCGCCCUCAACGCUCACCCGAGAACCAGCUCAAGGAAGACCGCGUUCUGUCGAAUCAAUCCCUCGAGCCUCCACGACUGAACUAUGCUCCCUCACAACGUUCCGGGUUCACUGUGGACUCAGUUGAUUCUGCUGCUAGCUCAGCUAUGGAUGCACUGUAUGAGAGCCCCACAAUUGUGACUGGCGGCUCAAGGCAAGUCAUUGGUGCUGUUCGCGCAGAGGUUGUUCAGGUUGGUUCCACCUCUGGUUCUGCAGUGACGACGCCAAGGUCGAUGUCGCAGACGCGCCGCGUACAACCUGGUCCAUCGCCUUUGUCAACGAGCUUCAGCAGAAGUACCACGUUCCCUCCUAUUUCUGAAGAUCCCUUUGCGGAUCAGGCGAGCAUGAGGAGUCAGAACACAGCCGCAACAAACAUGACCUUCGGUGUCGCGGGUAGGAUGACUCCUGCUAGAACGUUGUCGCCGAAGUCGGCAACCACGGUGGGUUCGCCUCUCAGGAUGGAUGGGGCGCGAACGUCUCUUGAGGACCUGAGUCAUCCUCUGGCGCCUGGUGCGGGCGUGGGUACCCCUCCCGGUUCUGUUCACACCACAGCACGCAGUUCCCCGUCGUCUAACCAUUCUUUUGCUGUGGACCCGUACCCUGGCCUUCCCCCACCCACACGGAGAAACUCUAAUGAAUCCUUUAUCAGUUCGGCAUCUCGUGCCGACAGCGUACUUGCCGCGUUUCCGUUCGUUCCCCCUUCUCCAUUGCCGAGCUCUCAUGCUAAGUCUCCGUUGAGCGUCGUGUUCGACCCGAAUCGCCAAAGCAACGGAUCGAGUUUCACAGCUUCUUCCGCUCCUCCGCUACCUACCUCUCGCCUCCCUAUGGUCUCCCAUAAUGCUUUCCCAUCCAAUGUCCCUUCAUCGGAAGACAAUACCAUGCUCGUGCCCCCUUCGAAGGAAGCCCCAAGGAGGGCGUCUCGUGCUACGAACGCGCUGUCGCGAGUGUCUACCGCGUCAAGUGUGUUGGGCGGGUUCCAUUUCCAGUUCGAUGAUGGAAGUGUUGAGGCUGUUCCAGAGAUGCCGCCUCUGAACUCAGGGUUGUUCGGCCACCCAGAUGAUCAAGAGUAUAGUUUGAAUGCGAGAACGAAGCAGCCGAUUGCAGCUGAGGUGGGAGGCACAGGAGAGGUAGGGGAAGACAUGGUGACGCCUGUGGAGCAUGUAAAAACGAGUAGCGAGAGGACGGAGGAACAUCGGGAUGUGGGUGGAGAAAGAGCAACUCUGGAUACCCUUGCGUUGAGCCAAGCUGUUGCCGCGCACAGGCUGGACUAUGACUAA